CCGCCGCAGCUCCUUUAAUACAGUUUGGUUCUCCGCCUGGCUUUGGACUCUUCUCCACCUCCUCCUCCUCCUCCCGCGCCUCCUCCGCCGCCGCCUCCUCUUGCUCUCUGCGCCUUCGCUCGGAGGCCGGCAGCCCGAGGCAGAUCCAGGCGGCGGCGGCGGCGGGCACUGGAGCGCGGCUCCCGGGGCUGAAGCCGCCACCACCACCGCCGCCUGGGCUCGGAGCCCGGCGGCUGCUGGACGCGCCUCGAGCGGGGCGGGACUGGGAGCCGAGGAGGCGCGGGACUCGCAGGGGCCGGCGGGGCGGGUGGUCGCGCUGGCCAUGCUCCUGGACGCGGGGCCGCAGUUCCCGGCCAUCGGGGUGGGCAGCUUCGCGCGCCACCAUCACCACUCGGCGGCGGCGGCGGCGGCGGCGGCCGCCGAGAUGCAAGACCGCGAACUGAGCCUGGCGGCGGCGCAGAACGGCUUCGUGGACUCGGCGGCCGCGCACAUGGGCGCUUUUAAACUCAACCCGGGCGCGCACGAACUGUCCCCGGGCCAGAGUUCGGCGUUCACGUCGCAAGGCCCCGGAGCCUAUCCCGGCUCCGCCGCAGCCGCCGCUGCAGCCGCAGCUCUCGGGCCCCAUGCCGCGCACGUCGGCUCUUACUCUGGGCCGCCCUUCAACUCCACGCGGGAUUUCCUGUUCCGUAGCCGCGGCUUCGGGGACUCGGCGCCUGGCAGCGGGCAACACGGGCUGUUCGGGCCGGGAGCGGGCGGCCUACACCACGCGCACUCGGACGCGCAGGGCCACCUCCUCUUCCCCGGUCUGCCGGAGCAGCACGGGCCUCACGGCUCGCAGAAUGUGCUCAACGGGCAGAUGCGCCUCGGGCUGCCCGGAGAGGUGUUCGGGCGCUCGGAGCAGUAUCGCCAGGUGGCCAGCCCGCGGACCGACCCUUACUCGGCAGCGCAGCUUCACAACCAGUACAGCCCCAUGAAUAUGAACAUGGGUAUGAACAUGGCAGCGGCCGCGGCCCACCACCACCACCACCACCACCACCCUGGUGCCUUCUUCCGCUACAUGCGGCAGCAGUGUAUCAAACAGGAGCUCAUCUGCAAGUGGAUCGACCCCGAGCAGUUGAGCAACCCCAAGAAGAGCUGCAACAAAACUUUCAGUACCAUGCAUGAGCUGGUGACCCAUGUCUCCGUGGAGCACGUCGGCGGCCCCGAGCAGAGCAACCACGUCUGCUUCUGGGAGGAGUGUCCGCGCGAGGGCAAGCCCUUCAAGGCCAAAUACAAACUGGUCAACCACAUCCGCGUGCACACCGGCGAGAAACCCUUCCCCUGCCCCUUCCCGGGCUGCGGCAAGGUCUUCGCGCGCUCCGAGAACCUCAAGAUCCACAAAAGAACCCACACAGGGGAGAAGCCGUUCCAGUGUGAGUUCGAGGGCUGUGACCGGCGCUUCGCCAACAGCAGCGACAGGAAGAAGCACAUGCACGUCCACACCUCCGAUAAGCCCUAUCUGUGCAAGAUGUGCGACAAGUCCUACACGCACCCCAGUUCGCUGCGGAAACACAUGAAGGUCCAUGAGUCCUCCCCGCAGGGCUCCGAGUCCUCCCCAGCCGCCAGCUCCGGCUACGAGUCGUCCACGCCCCCGGGGCUGGUGUCUCCCAGCGCCGAGCCGCAGGGUAGCUCCAACCUUUCCCCAGCGGCGGCGGCUGCGGCGGCAGCGGCGGCGUCCGCGGUGCACCGGGGCGGAGGCUCCGGCGGCGGCGGCGCGGGUGGCGGCUCCGGCAGUGGCGGCGGGGGCGGCGGCGGGGCGGGCGGCGGGGGCGGCGGCAGCUCUGGCGGGGGCGGCGGGACAGCCGGGGGCCACAGCGGCCUCUCCUCCAACUUCAAUGAAUGGUACGUGUGAGGGGCCGGGGCCUCUCCCCCUCUCCCAGCCCCCACCCUGACGGCGAGCGUCCAGGGCACCCCUGUGACCGUGUUGUUAAAAUUAUGAAUCUGAUUUUUAUGAUGAUAAUUUUACCAGCAGAAGGAUUUUUAAGAGUUUUUUAAAAUUAAUCUAGGCAUGAAAAGCUAAAAUAUCCCUUCCAGAGUCUUUGAAGCUGAAAACAAAAUAAAAAAUUUUAAAAACAAAAACCCGUAAAAAAUAUGGAACCAAACCCCCUUUGCCUACCCCGUGCCCAGCUUCCCCUCCUACCCCUUUCCCACUCCCUGACAAACUGUACAUAACGGACUCCUCCUUCCUUCUCCGAGGUGGUUUUAAUGGCUUCCUGGUGUAUAGAAGUGUGUCCAUUUGUAACUCCGGAUUGCGUUCCUCCCUGCCUUUCUUUCCUUCCCCAAGUGAUGGGCUUUUUUAUUUUUAUAUUUUAGUUUACCUGGUUUCUUUUUAAGUAAUGUGGAAGAAAAUGGUUUAUUUUGUAUUGUGGUAUUGAAUAUUGUGUUCCUUUUUAUGAGGCAACUUGAUUGUAAACUUCAUGCAACUAUAGACUGGAAAAAAACGAGCCGUGCCAAAGUCUCCCUUCUGUUUCUUCAACACACUGAUCCACAGCGCGCGCGCGCUCACAUGCACACACACACACACACACACACACACACACACACACACACACAAAACCACCACCAAUGCUUGUGAAUGUAUCUUUCUGUUAGCUGGGUUUACAUGUGAUGUUUUAGUGCUUUUUGCAAGUUCAAUUUGUUAGUUCCUGUAUGAAAGAGUGUUGGGGGUGGGUGGGGGAAUAAACGUCGUGCUGUUAGCUUUUCCGUAAUAAUACCCUUCUUUCUGUAAAUAUCCGUUGCCAUAUUUAUCCAUUUGUAAUUAAAUUAUGGUAUUAACUUGCUACAGAGGAAACAAUAUUUAUAAAGAAUGUUUCUUAACUAUAAAUAUGUACAAUUGUGGGCAUAAACUGUUUCAGAUUUUUUAUUUGAAGGUUUUAAGUGGUUUGAUCAUUUCUUGUGAUAUGUUUUGAGAGUAAUGCAUACAGAAAUAUAAUAAAAUGUGUUGAAACUG